AUGCAUCUUCUGGUCUAUAUCCUGCUUAUUGCCUGCACUACAUGCCUGGCUCACUACAGAGGAGGGUAUGAAGGUCGCAAUAUGAUAGAGCGCGAGGAGCCCCAUGAUGAUCUUGACGGAGUCCUAGUGGAGUGCCCAGUAUGCGAGACCACCAGUUUGCUGCCUAGCCGAGAAGAAUGCAACAUUGUCAGGGGUAACAAACAAUACAAGAAAUGUGAAUUUGGUACAUAUAUCAACGAGAUCUGCGGCAACCGACGUGAUUGCUACAGGGGUCCCGGGCAACAGUGCACGGAAAAAAUGGAAUAUGACGUCUAUGGACAGAAAUGCGCUCACGGCUACUACUGCGACAACACUUUCAACGUUUGCACCGGAUUGGACUACACGAUCGACAGCCAUCUUCAAUGGCUAAUGAACUACAUGUAUCGCUACCCACUGCGUGAUGAAAAAACCCUCAACAAACAUAAGUCAUCAGUUAUGAUCAUCGCGUAA